AUGUGGGCAGGAAACAUUUCGAGCGCGGCGGCUAGUAUACACAAACGCGCGGGCGCGGGCGGUGGUGCUCAUUUGGGUCAAGGAGUGCGUCAUCCGUAUGGGUAUUGGGAAUCGCCCGUUACCCCUGAAUGGCUAGAAACCCUCGAGGCUUGCAACACCAUUGAGGAUCUAUUCGUGGAUCGCGUAACAGGGUCAGCGUACUAUUCAGAGCGCCGCGGGGGAGAAGAUGGAAAGAACGUCGUGAGGGAUCUCGAGACACACGAUGUCCUGUUCGAGUGCCCCAUGUCAAGGCAUCAAGAAACCUGGUCUCUAGAUUCAGUUCAGGUAAUUAUACCCCCACCAGACGUCGAGGGCGAGCAAGUAUACUGGGACGCCCCGCGGUUCAGCCCGGAUGGACAACACUUGGUGCUACGUCUAAAAUGGAAGAGUCAGUUCGCAAGCGAGGCUUGGGUUUGGCAGACUCAGGUCCAUGAAACAAGCGAAGGGCACUCCCUGGCCUUCAGCAAUGCGUCGCGGGUUAUUCUGGGAGACCCCCGUGUCUCCUCCGUCAGUCGGCCUUAUUGGGUCAAUCCAUCCACUCUCUUGAUUUCCACCGACGCUCUCGGUCACAUAGUUCCGUGGAUCUUCCACAUUCAAGAUAACGCGGCACGGCCCCUAGUUUCUCCGGACUUUGCGGACGGUCUUGUAGAUCCCCAUGCCUGCCCUCUGGACGGAGACCACGUCCUCUACGCUGGCUUCUGCAAAGGCCGAACGCAGUUCCACGUGCUCAAGAUAUCAGAUGGGGCGUAUCACAAGAUCUCCACCCCCUACUCUUUCGCGCUCCGCCUUCGCAGCAUCUCGCCCGGCAAGGUCAUCUUCAUGGGCAGCACCGAGACGUCUCCAAUGGCCGUCGUCGAGAUGACCGUUGACACCCGCGACGUGCUUGGCACUCUCUCCUUCGUCGAGAUCGGCACUUCGCAGCGAUCCGCCAGCCUUCCUACCAUCCCGGCCCGCUCCAUCUCCACCCCUACGUCCUUCGAACUGGAACAUCCUCGAAGACCAGAAACGAUACACGCUACGCUUUACCCUCCGGUCAACUGCAGAUACUCUGGCGGCCUUCCGGAUGAACUGCCGCCUGUGGUGGUCCAUAUCCGAGGCGGUCCAUACCGCUUCCAUCCGCAGAGUCUCGACUGGGACAUUCAAGCGUUCACCACCCGAGGCUUCGCAUACGUCAGCGACGUCGUUCGGACAGCGCCGGGAGAUUUGGCAGCCAGUCCUGUGGUGGCUGAUGCGGACGCUUGUGCUGCAGCUGUGCAAGCCCUUGGCGCGCGAGCAUUUGUGGAUCCCACGAGGGCAAUCAUUUACGGGCAAGGGGAAAGCGCACAGAUGGUGUUCAGCGCACUGGCUGACCCCCGCCGGCUGUUCGUCGCGGGUGUGGCCGACCUCCGGUCACGAAUAACUGGUGGAUCCGCCGACAGCGCGUCAAGCUCUCCGCAGGCAAGAUCGCCGGUGGAGAUGGCUGAAAGCAUCGCUUCCCCUCUAUUGAUGCUUCUCACUCCGGAGCCCUCUUCCAACACCCUCACAACAGAGCAAGCGGCAGCUGUCGCUCAAACGAUGCAGAAAAACGGCAGACGGGCAGAGUUGCACGUCAUCGAGCCGACUCCGCGCGCGCGCUCGGUGCGCGAGACAUGGGAGACAGUGCUCUCCUUCUGCACGUCGGUGUUAGUAUGA